GGCCCGCGCUCAUUUGCUGGCGCCCUUCCUCCCCGCUUCCCAUUGCUCCCGCUUUCGCCUCUUCGUUUACGCCCUCCGCUCAGAUCCGCCCCUCCCAGAAAGGCUGCACAGUGUAGGCUCAUAGGCUCUAGAGGACCUUUUUCCCUGUCGCUUUCCCUUUCUUCCCGGCAUUCCUGUUUCCGCUCUCUCACGGCCGUCAGGUUUUUCCACCGCUGAGGCUCUUCGCGCAUAGGGCUUCGGUGACGUCAUCUUUCUGCGCCGCGCGGACACCCGCGGGUGGAAGAAGGAACGGCUACGACGCCCUUCGUUUUUUUUUGUCGGGCUGCAGCUCCUUCGGAAUCAUGGCGCCGUCGCUAUGGAAGGGGCUGGUGGGCAUUGGCCUCUUUGCCCUAGCCCACGCCGCCUUUUCCGCUGCUCAGCAUCGUUCUUAUAUGCGAUUAACAGAAAAGGAAGAUGAAUCACUGCCAAUAGAUAUAGUUCUUCAGACACUUCUGGCCUUUGCAGUUACCUGUUAUGGUAUAGUUCAUAUUGCAGGGGAGUUUAAAGACAUGGAUGCCACUUCAGAACUAAAAAAUAAGACAUUUGAUACAUUAAGAAAUCACCCAUCCUUUUAUGUAUUUAAUCAUCGUGGUCGAGUACUGUUCCGGCCUUCAGAUUCAACAAAUUCUUCAAACCAAGAUGCAUUGUCCUCUAACACAUCACUGAAGUUACGAAAACCCGAAUCACUGCGUCGUUAAGAUUUUUACAAAUUAUAAUAACAGGACAGGACAUAGAGCUGGAAUAUUGGAGUUUGGAGUAUAAAACACUCCCCCCAUCAGUAUUUAUACUGAUCUUUCAGACCUAAUUAAAAAAAAACUACAGCCCUUGUUUGUACACUGUUAAUCAAAUCAUUAAUACAGUAUAAGUUAUCUGUGGAAUGAGUUUUUGGUAUUUCAUAUAGAGAAUGAAUUUUUUUUUCAUUUAAAACAAAUUAAUGUCCUUUGUAAAAGCCCCUGUUUUGAACACAUUUUCUUAGAAAAUGUUGGUGGUUUUUGUGAUUAUUUAUUUUCUUAGAUUUCUUUUGCACUACAGUUUUUAGAAUCCUUUUAGAAAUACUGUGUGACUACUGCAUUUUGCAGCAUGAAUUAUAGCAAAAUUGUCUUCACUUCUCAAUAUAUGAACUUCCCUAAUGAGACCAAAAUGGUGACUUACCAGUUUUUCUUAUGUCCCCUAAAAAGUGGCUCUGCUUUGGCAGAUACUUGCCAGCUUUUAGUUUAUCAUGACUUCUCACCCGAUCCCACUCCUAUAUAACUUCUAACAUCAGCUGUCUUGUUUCAUCACUUCUGAGAUUCUGUGUGCAGUGGGUAAUUUUGUGUCAGAAAUUCUUUGUUGUAGCAAGUAUAUUUAACAAGCUCAAUUUGCUGUAAAGCUACUUGUGUUACUUCAUUUAUCUGUAAAAAUUUCCCCUAAUUGAUUAUGUGUAAAAGUAGUUGAAGAUAGACCAAAAGAACAUUUGUGAUUUCAUUAUCCUGCCUAUGUAAAAGAAUGGUAAUCACUGAAGAAAACUGAUUACUUUUCAUUAGCCAGUUUAACUUAUUCAAAGUCUCUGUUGGUUUAUUUCAUACUGAACUAGUGAAUUAAUGAAAAUAAGGAAACUUUUCAUUAAUCUAAAGGAAGAAUUCAAGGAAUUGGGCCAAAUAUGUUCUAAAUAUUUGGAACUGAUAUAUUUAAUUUUUUAGAAAAUUAAGGUCAUUUAACAAUUGUUUUGUAGCUUCUGAUUUAUAGCAGGCUUAGUUUUCCAUCUUCACUGUGUGGUGCUGAAGUGAAGGUGAGGAUGAUGAUACAGAGUUGAAUUUUUUUUGAAACAGUAAUUUUACUUUCAGGGAAAUGUGGCUAGCUCUUUGAGCUAGAAAGCUGCAGGAGGCUCGGCAUUUCCUUGUAGAGAACAUUGCUUUUGCUGAAUUGUUCAGGUAUGAAAACAUUGCUUUUGUUGAAUUGUAUAGGUGUAAAGGGAAUAAUUGUAUGCAGGUUUGAAAAGGAAAUGUGCUUUAGGCACAAAAAAGUCAUAAGAUGCCCUUAUACUUGAUGGCAUUUUUUCCUAUUAGAAAGGAACCUCAGCUCUUAUAUUCUGCCUGGUAACACAUAGCCUCAAAGCACAAGAUUAUUUUGUCAUUGGGUUUUUAUUGUUGUUUAGUUUAGUUUUGUUUUGUUUUACCAACCCAAUCUGUCUGUGAAACACUGACUCUGCUCUCUAAUGAGAACAAAGUUAGAAAUCUGCUGAUAACCUAAAAUGAUUUAGAAAUGAGUUAAAAAUAUGAAAUCAUGGGUUAAAGUAACGAUAAUUAAAACUGUGUGAGAAACAAGCUCCUACUUAUCAGGCUGGUCUACAGUUUCCUCAAGUAUGACUUGAUUUGGAAGAGCCUCUUGUUUUCUUUUUUGGGGUUGUCUUCCUUUCCUAAUAUGUAUUUGUAAUGAUGUUAUUGAGCUGUAACUCACCCAAUUAAAGGGUACAAUUCAAUGGUUUUUAGAAUAUUGACAAAGUUGUGCAACUAUGACCACAAUCAAUUUUAGAACAUUACCCCAAGAAGAAGCCCCAUACCCCUUAGCAGUCACCUCUUUUUUCCUUCCAAUGCCCUCCAGCCCCUGGCAACCACUAAUCUACUUCUGUCUCUGUAGGUUUGCCUAUUGCUAUCACUUCAUAUAAACAGAAUUCUAUAAUAUCUGGUCUUUUGUGACUUGCUUCCCAAAUAGGUUUUCUGUGUGAAGUGAGAAAUUCUUCUCAUCUUGAGAAUGCUUAUUGCUAUGAAAGGGAGUGGUUGGUAAAACCAAUAGAUUUAAGGAGGGAAAGCCAGAUACCUAACAGGUUUCUCAGUUAAUCUUAUGCUGAAUAAUUUUUCCUUGUAGCCAAGCAUUCAUAAUAUAUUAUAAUAUUUUGGCUAAGCCAGAGGCGGAGAGUUGCUUAAGGCCAGGAGCUCAAGACCAGCCUGGGCAACAUAACAAGACUCCGUCUCUAAAAAACAAAAAAAUAAAAAUGGCCAAUCUUUAGAAUGGUUAAUGAAAUUCUUUGCCUGGUCAGGAAAGAAAGUCCUGCUAAAAAUGAUGCCAAAUAAUUUGGCAGGUAAUUGACAUAGUCAAGUGUGUCUACCUUUGUUAGCAGCUUGUAUACCAGGUGAACUCCUCAAAUUUCUUUUUAAUUGACUCCAGUGAAUUUUUGCUGUCUUUUUCAACUAUGUACCAUAGGACUAGAAGUGAUUUGGGUGCAUUGUAACACUGCUAAAUGUACUAAGUACAGAAUUUUAUUUGCAGUACUAUGAAAGUCUGUUACUGCCUAGGGUAGUUCAAAACAUAUAGUGAUUUGAGCUAGUUAACCCUGAGGUUGACAUGAUUUCAGUGACAUUUCGAAGUGUGUACCAAUCAAAGCUCUCUCAAAUACAGGAAGACUCACUUUUAACCAAGGAACCUGCUGAAUACUAUGGGCUAAUGGCCCAGCUGCAGAACAUGCAGAUCAGUGUAUUGGAGACUAUUAUGCUUUGUAACUCCCUAAUGAUUGUUUCCUAAUCAUUGUGGCUUAUUUCUGAAUGGCAUGACAGCAUCUUCUGGUUGUACGUGACCUGUUUCCAUGAUGUAUUGAGUAGUGUUGUUUGUUGUGAGCAUUGAUGCCUGUAACACCAAGCUAAACACAUUUUUUUGGAUAUGUUUCCUCUCCAAAUGACCUUGCCCUGUCCAAUAAAUGAAUGAUUGUCUCACCCUG